AUGCCCAUGAUCAUGGAGGACGGCAUCAAUGUGGACGAUCUAUUUGGUGAAUCCACCUCCCUCGAGUUGGACUUGACCCCGACCCCCUCCAAAAGAGGCCUUCCACAGCGCCUAGAUGAGAUGCGAUUAUUGGGAUGCUGCCAAAAGAUUGCUUGGUCAAAGCAAGGCUGCAUUGCAUACGUCACUCAAGAUGCAUCGCGAGUCAAUCUUCGUCACUUAGAGUGUCGCCCCACGGAUGGGAAAUGGGUUCUCAGUGAUGACACUCAGCUGCUGCCCGUCACAGAAGUCCAUGGUGGCCAUCCUCUCGUCCACCUCUGCUGGAACGAGCUUGGUUCCGAAUUGGCCGUCGUGGACUCGUCGGGUCGGGUGUCCAUCUACAACAUCUCCUUUGCCCUUAACACUCUGAGUGGCCAGCGGCAAGGAGCCUUCGAUCCUGAUGAUGAUGGGGCGCAGAUUGUUGGUAUGAUGUGGUUGAAUGUCCAUCGCUCGGUACAAGCCUUCAGUCAAGCAAACAAGCGUCAAGGCCGGUGGAACUAUUCAUCAUUUCGACGACGCCCCAUCGGUCCUUUUCAUCCCGCUGGCAAAGCUGGUUUGAUCUGUAUCACCAGAUCGGGAGUCAUUCGCUUUCUCUACCAAAACCCCGACCUUCGAUGGACAGAGAUUUCUGCCGAGUUGAAGAACACAAGCUACUCAGACCGGCUAUUAACCCAUGCCGCUCUCGUGGCUACCCCUGGCGGUAUUCUGGUCGUCACGCAUUCUGCAUGCCAGAAGAUCUGCUUCUAUCGACUUCAAAUCAACUGGACCCCACCUCAGUGGGAUCAAUCUCAAAUGAAACAAGGGUCCAAUCAGUUCCCCGUCCCCAGCUUCAGGUUUAUGCAUUCCAAGGUCGAGGUCCCAUAUGACAUCCCUAUGAGUCGUGCCCCAGCCCAGAACUCGGAACACCUGACGCCACCGCCGAACCCCCUUUAUCGCCUCACCCAUUUGGAUGCUAUUCUCGCAACUCAGGAGACGGCAACGAAUCCCUGGGUUGUCGCUGUCUUCUCAAUAUCUCCUCGCGUUUCCCCCGACCACCCUCAGCAGCAAGGGCCGCCAAGUAUCAUUGUGCGAUGGCAGUUAGAGUCGACACCACAGGUGCUUCAUCCCAAGUUUGAUGAAGUUGUUUCAAAGAAAAGCAAUGUCCAAAUCAAAACGGAAUAUGGCAAUGUAGUUGCAGUCGUCUACGACGACAGCUCGAUUUCCUUCUACGACGCAAAUACUAUGACGGUCUGCCAUGGUUUCGGCGACGCAGAGACCGUUACUUGUCUUGCACAGGCUGGGUUCCACUAUCCUGCUUAUGCUACAGGUCUUAGCAUUAGCUUCUCCCCUAGUGGAUGUAACGCCGUCAUGCUUGACAGCGAAGGGCAGGUGCAGCUGAGAUGCAUGGAGCAUGCCUAUGGUGCAGAAAGUGGCCUUUUUGAUCAAACUAUCGCCUCACUGACGAUGGCGUUCUGCCGCGCUGUUGGGAGUGACAUGAACUCCGACGAUAUUUUGGUCAUACUGCGCCAACAACUAUCAGCGGACGCCCAAUCCAUGUUUAUUCACGGAGCUUAUCGCGCAUUGCCGGUGAACUGCGAGUUCACACUGGAGGGUGACAAACUGUUAAGCAACCAUGCACUAAAGGAGCGCAAGGAGAACCGCCUGACCCUGCAUCCAGAGGCCAUACGUAUGGUGCUGGGCAACACGAAGUGGUUAUUGGACUUUCUGCAAUACACCCUGAACGAGUUUCUCGAACUUGCCAACGAAUUCGAGAGCAUACCGUCUGACGCGGAGACAGUUUCUCAGAAGCUAAAAACGAUCAGGUCACUUCCCCUGAUGGUCAUUCUAUCCGGCCUGCCCCGGUCCCUCUUGCGCUUUAUCGGUCGAGCCCUGCGCGGAAUAUAUGCUAGCUACUCGACUUUACCUCUGAUCGGCGACUCGCGCGUCUAUUACGCAGAGAUCUGCCAGAUCAUAGACUCCUUACCAGUCCGACUCGACGUGUACGACAAGUUCCUUUCCGAGGCAGAAGCCGCAGCGAAAAAGUCAUACAUGCUGGUGGGCAUUCAAAAUCCUGACCGUUCCGGUGCCGAGAAGGAGCUGCUGCUCAACGCGCGGAUUCCGCAGUCUCUUAUUCAUGCGGUGACUGUUCUCUUCCAACACUCGAUUCCUGCCCUCAGGCCCGAAAUCGAUUGCAUGGCCAUUUACCUGAGCGACUACAGCUGGCUGGGCCUCGGCACAGAUCCCCGCGCGGAGAUGUACCGGCGGACGCGUGACGUGGAUAUCGUGAAGAAACUUCCGCUGCGGCCUGUUGGUCGCGAUGAACGGCAGGAGGGAAAGCACAAUGGCCAUGGACAGAUGCGACGGCGGUGUGUGCGCUGCUGCGGGAUGCUGUGUGGCCCAUAUCCUUCCCGUACCCAUGUUUCGUUCCGGAUGAUGUACAAGACCGGUCUCCUGCGGUAUUGUCUCUGUGGUGCGGCGUGGAUGGUGGAGUCGGAAACCAACCGGUAG